CCUGCCCCGGAGGGAGGCCGGGAGGAAUAGAGGGGCGGACCGGGAAGGGCGACGGCUGGACUGGAGGGAAGGAGGAAGCCCUGCUCGCCUCGCCGGCCAGCACAACUUUCCCUGACGUGUUUGUGUUUGAACAAAGCUUUUGUAUUUGAACAAAGGCACCUCUAGCUUGAAAUAAGAAGCUUAUUUGUGUUGCCAAUGUGUGAAGCAGUCUCAUUGCAGAACAAACUGGGUAUGACCUCGGAAGGUGAAGACGAUGACAUGGCAUGUGGAGAUUUGGGAAAUGGACUCAUUAGAAGACAAACUGCUAUGUAUGAACCAGAAAGCUUCAGCGUACACCCAGGUAUGCCUAGAAGAGGUUCAGCAAGGAAAAGCUUCAGUCCGUUUAUGCUGCCAAAAAAUGGAGAAGAAUGUGAUGCAACAGUUUUUCGUUGCUCAAGGUGUAACAGCUUGAAUGACACGUCAGUCAAAAAAAUGGGAAUCAAUGCAUUUCGUAGCUGCAACCGACAAAACAGCUCUGAAUCUAACUCUGAGGCAUCAAAUGAAGAAUUAAUACAACACCUUCAAGAAGCUGAAGAGGAAAUAGAAGUUUUAAGAGUUGAAUUGGAAGCAUCUCAAAGACAACUUGAAGGCAAAGAGCAAGCACUAAAAAUUCUGCAGAGCAUGGCAGUGCUGGAUAAAGCCACUUGCCAUACUAAAGCGGUAUUUAAAAAAACAGAGCAGCAGAAGAGAGCUUUAGAAAAGGAAAUAAAUGUUCUACAGUGGGAAAUCAAAAUUAAUCAGGAGAAAUUUAAAAAUACAGAAGAGUCUUGGGCAGAAAAAUAUGACAGAAUUUAUUGUGAAAAUGCUGUACUUAAGGAAACACUGAAAUUGAAAACUGAUGAAGUUAAAACACUAAAGUCUGAAAAUGAAUUUUUGGAACGACAGCAUCUGGAGAUUCUCGCUGUCCUAGAUGUAAAACAGCGGAAGAUUGUUCAGGAGAACAUGUCCCUUAGCAAGAGUGGUUUUACAGAGAUAACAGGACUUGAGCUGGCAGUACUUGGAGCCUGCACUUGCAGUGGUCUUGAGGGAGAGCCAUGCUCCUGUGCAAAAAUGUCAGCCGUGACUCGAAAACAACUGCUUCAGCUCAAACAAGAGUUUGAGCUUCUGAAGAAGAGUAAAGAAGAAGCAUAUAUUAUGGCAGAUGCCUUCAGAAUUGCAUUUGAGCAGCAGCUGAUGCGGAGGAAGGACCAGGCUCUUGGACUUGCACAGAUGAAUAAGAUCUGUAGAAAAGAAAAGAAACGAUUCAACUGGAAAAACAUAAAAGAUGAUGGUGCUUUCACAUUUCAAGGGAAUAGGAAAAGCUUGGGACGAAAGUUGAUGGGCAUGCUUGCUUCCGGCACUGACAGCAAGAAAAUAGAAGAAUUGGAUAACCCGCAGGAAAUCAUUAGGAUGCUGAUAGACUCGCUGAAUGAUAAGGAGGAAGCUUUGGCCCAUCAAAGAAAAGUUAGUUAUAUGCUUGCUCGUGCCCUGGAAGAGAAAGAAGAUAGUUUGCAGCAGAAUAAGGAAAGUAAAUUUUCAGAAGAACAACUUGCCCUUAGCAGUAAUCAGUGCAAAAAUGAUUCAGAGCCCCCAAAGUCAGCUCUUCCUGUGUGUUCGAGUUGCCAGACGUGCAGUGCUCCAGAUUGCUCCUGUUCUGUUUCCCACACAUCUCCCGCCACAAUGCUGAACUGUACGUCUAAAAGUUCUUGUUCCCCAACACCUGAAGAAAAUUAUGUGCAUUCAACAGAGGAAGCAGCUGAUCAAAACUGAAAAUACUGACUGCUUUGCAGGGGAGGGUAGAGCCUGGGGGG